CAUGCAGAUUCGCAAGCGCACAUGGCACGACCCUGGCUCCCGUAGAUAUAGAAAUCCCAAGAGGUUGGAAUAUUUAUAAGUAGAACAAGAGCCACCGAUUUUACUUGAAAAACCAGUUCUCUAGUCGUCAGUUACAUCCGAAGCGUUGUGUAUAUACCCAGGAAGCAUUCAACUCAGGUCACAACUUAACAUAAUUCAAAUCCAUAUUUACUCAUACCAUUCAACAGAAAGACGCUCACGAUGUCAACUGAAGUGAAGCACAACCUCAAGUACCACCCCGAGUUCGGGGCGUUCUGGGAGAAGCUUGUCGCCGCUGGCGCAGCCGCAGGACCUGCAGAGCCAUCGCUAGAAGAAUUACGUGAAAGCAACGACACCUUUAUGCGUACUAUGUUCGCUCAGUUCGAGCCGGUACCCUCUGUCGUCAGGACCAAGUACACAACCAAGUCAUACGAUGGUGCUGAGAUCGAUGUCUACCGGUAUGCCACCGAGGAACACAACUCCAGCAAAACACCGCUACCAGCUGUCUUACACAUACACGGCGGUGGUAUGAUGGGCGGAAGUGUCGACAUCUUCGCGCGCUACAUCAACAACUUAGUCGACAGGACUGGUAUCCAGUUCUUCGCUGUCGAAUACCGCCUCGUCCCUGAACACCCUGACCCUACCCCUGUCGAAGAUAGCUACGCGGCAGUGAAAUGGAUCCACGAGCACGCCGCCGAAUUCAACGUCGACACGGCACGGCUGGGUGUUAUGGGAGACAGCGCAGGUGCCGGUCUUUCCGCAGGUGUAUCGCUACUAGCGCGCGACCGCGGCUUACAACCCCCGAUUAAGAAGCAAAUCCUCGUCUACCCUAUGCUUGACGACCGAACCAUCUUCGCCUACGACGCACCCGAUUACAAGAGCCCGCUGAAGGACCUUGUAAUCCUCCACACAAACACCCUCAUCCGCUGCUGGCGGUGGCUCCUCGGUGAUAAGGCGGGCAAGCCCGACGCCGACGUAAGCAUCUACGCGGCGCCGGCGCGAGCGAAGGACCUCAGCGGACUGCCAGCGGCGUACAUCGAGGUCGGCAACCUCGAUUGGUUCAGGGACGAGUCCAUCGACUACGCCAAGCGAUUGUCGGACGCACACACGGAAGUCGAGCUGCACAUCCACCCCGGUAUGCCUCACGGAUUCGAGGUAGCCGGACCCAUCAGCACAGCCAAGAAGGCCGUGGAAUUACGAGUCGACGCCAUCAAGGCGCUUGCUCAUUAGGAUAUACCUAUACCUGAUAGAUAAAGAAAGAAAAAGCAUCACUCGAGUAAAACCGACAUCUCGAGAU